AAAUAAGUAUGACUGACAGUGUUGUUUUGAAGUCGUGUUGAAUAGAUAGAUAGAUAAUUUAGGAAGUUUAUAUUUGCACGGUUACACAAAAGCAAUAGUGUCCAAAAUGAACAAUACAGGAGACCAAACAUCUUUCGAAUCAUCAAGCUCAACCAUUGCAAAUGCUGUUGAAGGAGUCACUAGUCGAUCUUCAUCAACUUCCACAACGCCAAGUUCGUCAAAAAGUUUAUUCGAGCCUUCGGAAGAAUCUUCUUUGCAUAAUGAGAUCAGUUCCUACUACAGUGGAAACCGUGUUAAUAUACCUGCUGCAGCUGAAUCGAACACAUUCAGCUUCCGUAAACUAUGGGCAUUUACUGGACCAGGAUUUCUUAUGUCUAUCGCUUAUUUAGAUCCAGGAAACAUAGAGUCGGAUUUGCAGAGCGGAGUUGUAGCCAAGUAUAGCCUGCUAUGGGUUCUUCUCGCAGCAACUUUGUUGGGUUUAGCCAUGCAACGUUUAGCUGUUAAAAUUGGCGUAGUGACAGGUUUGCAUUUGGCGGAAAUGUGUUAUCGGCAGUAUAAAACCAUACCCAGGCUUUUGUUGUGGCUAAUGGUCGAGGUAGCCAUCAUUGGAUCUGAUAUGCAGGAGGUGAUUGGUACCGCUAUAGCCAUCUAUUUACUUUCAUACAAGAGGAUUCCUCUAUACGUUGGAGUGCUUAUCACAGUAUUUGACACAUUGUCAUUCCUAUUUCUGGAUAAAUAUAAGCUGCGGAGAUUGGAGCUUUUUUUCGGUUUCCUCAUUACAACAAUGGCCGCAUCAUUUGGAUAUCAAUAUAUCAUUAGUGGAACGCCGCAAAACGAGGUUAUCAAAGGAAUGUUUAUACCAUGGUCAACGGAUUAUCGGCCAGGUACGCUUUUACAGGCUGUUGGUAUAAUUGGGGCCGUCAUAAUGCCACACAAUUUAUAUUUACAUUCAGCUCUCGUAAAGUCUCGAGUUAUUGACCGCAAGCAACCUAAUGAAGUGAAAGAUGCUAAUCGGUAUUACUUUAUUGAGGCAACGAUUGCGUUAUUGAUUUCUUUCAUUAUAAAUGUCUUUGUGGUUGCGGUAUUUGCACACGAUCUUUAUGGAGAAACAAAUCAAGAUGUGAUCAAUAGAUGUGCCAACACAUCUUUUUCGAACGAUAUUCAGUCUGCAUUUACUGCUAAUAAUGCUACUGCAGAAAUCAACAUUUACAAAGCCGGUUUAGUGCUGGGAUGUUUCUACGGAGGUGCGUCAAUGUACGUUUGGGCCAUCGGCAUUUUGGCUGCUGGUCAAAGUUCUACUAUGACAGGAACCUAUGCUGGACAGUUUGCGAUGGAAGGUUUUCUGAAUUUGCAGUGGAUUCGCUGGAAACGGGUGUUAUUCACCCGCACAAUUGCUAUAAUACCUGCUUUCUAUGUAGCGUUUUUCAGUCGACUCGAAGAUCUUACGAAAAUGAACGAUGUUUUAAAUGCAGUUAUGGCAUUGCAACUUCCGUUUGCUGCUAUACCGACUGUAACUUUUACAUCUAGCAUUGCACUGAUGGGAGAAUUUGUAAAUGGGACAUAUGAAAAAUUGAUUUCAAUCACUCUCAGCUUUACUGUAAUUUGUAUCAACCUUUAUUUUAUAACUGCAAGUCUUGAGCAGGUCAAAUUAUCUCCUAUUAUGAUAGUUGGUGUUGUUUGUUUCGGAGUGUAUUAUAUUGCAUUCAAUGCCUAUCUUAUUCUACACAUGAUAGCUGUCAUGUGUAACCCAUCGUUUUCUGGAAAUAUGAUCAUUCAACGAUACAUCUUGCACAACAACGGUGCACUUGUUACAAACAUUAGAAGCGCACCGAUGGACAAUCAAUGAUUAUUUUUUACAGGAUUCCAACAAAAGUUGUAAUACAAAUAAUGGAGGUAUUAUCCAAAGCGAAACUGAUCCCAAUCAACUACAUGUUGACAUUUGUAACAAUUUCGUAGGUGGUUAAGUUCAUAGCCAUAGUUAAAAGUCGUCUGGUCCUUAAUUCGUGCAUAUGGUAGAUUGUUAUAUUUGUACAAAGUGAGAAGAAUUGAAAAUCAUUUAAAAUGAAAUGAUAAAGAAUGAAUGAUGUUGAAACCUGUACGUGUGAUGUUAUUAUUGAAGUAAUUAAGCGAAAGUUACCAUCGAUCUAGUCAUAUCAGAUCGAGCUGGCGAACGAUCUAGGUCUUAUCUUUCGGCUUGGUUCCGAAGGGGGUCUGUUGUUAGACAUUCUCGGAACAUAUCAGUUAUCUAUUGUCAAGCCACGUCAAGCCACGAGUCUAUUGAUUUUUAUUACAUGUGUAAUGUGUUUUCACAGCGUUGUUCACGAUUCUUCGCCAUUCUCCGUCUUUCUGCUAUACUCCUAUGUAAAGUGUACUCAUCAUCUUUUGCAUCGAAAGCAACAAACGUGAUUAGGUGCUUUGUGAGAGAAAUUCCAACGGAUGCUGAUGCUAAUGUGGCGCAGUCCUGCAUCGUUCGAAAGUUGCGGACUAAGGACUAGUUUUGAGAAAAAAACGGUUUUUAUAUACACGAUAUUAAAUUAUACUGGCUUACCGACGGUAAAAUAAUACAUUAGCUUUAAUUGCUUGCCCUAAAAAGAAAUACAUAUACCCAAAAAGCAUAUCGGAUAGGCAGACACGUAUAACCAUAUUUUACAUACCUUAAAUUGCACAACAGUAAAGUGCCAUGAUAACGUGUGUUCCGUUUCAUGUAAAAACUUAUUACCUGGCUAGGCACAUUUUAUUGAUAUGCCUAUUAAAAUAAAGAGAAAUAUUUUACCUACUUUACCCAAAUAGUAUAAAAUAGGACGGACAACACAUUUGCAAAAGUGAAGGUACUAGUGGUACUUCAAACGUUCCCAAAGACAAAACGUUUUGUAUUCAUAUCGUACUUGUAUUGCGGCCAUUCGUACCUGUUUUGCAAGAGACUAAGCGUUCUUGGUACAUAGAAGUGUUUUCUUAAAAUAGCGGUUCAACUAGCUAAUGGAACUUUCUGGAAACAUUCAAAAUAAAAAAUAAAAAAUAAUUUUAAUGACUAGUUUAGGCAACGCAGAGCACGUUUUUGACCAUUAUAAUCUGCAAUUUUUCAUAGUGCUCUAUACUAAUUGCCGGCAAAAAUAAUGUAAAUAUGUGAAAAAUUGUUAAAUGUGAGUUUGUGAAAUUUGUAUUAAAGAAGGUCU